GUUUCUCGGGCAGGACUAGGAAAAAGAGUCAGUCCUAACGAGCCUAAAGGGGUCUCUCUGCCUCACCCCUUUUCCCCCCUCAAUCUUCAAGUCUAUUCUGCCCUAGCAAGCCUUCCUGCAGACGUUAUGAGGAGAAAUUUAGCGUAGGAGGGCAAGAAAGCAAUGCGCUAAGAAAUCCGUUAACACUCUCUGCGGCACCAAGGCCGCUGCUGGGAAACCCAAACGCCAGGGUAAAGGCAAAGCUGCUGCAGCAGCCGCGGUUGAAGCUCACAGUCCUUCUGCGGCUGCGCAAGUCGCCGCAGCCCCACUCUCUCACGCUACUCCAACAGCCGCCCAGCCGCUGUCAAACGCGGCACCAUCAUCGCCAUCACCUGCGGCGCAAUCCGUGGUGCCGCCUGCGUUCCUUGCUGCGGUCGGGUCCACACACCUGCAUGCGUUCGUGCCAACGCAAGUGAACAUUCCCGCACCCCAACUCCUGUCGAACCAAACCAAUGUGGGAACCGCAGUCGGAGCUGAGAAGGCCGCGCCGUACGUGCCAGGACCUAAGACCGCCACUGUGCUUGCGGUUGCUGCAGAUCCUGCUGCAGACGCAAUGGAUGUGCAAGCUGAUGCGGUGUACGAUGGUGUUGGCAUGGCCGUAGAGGGUGUCAACGAAAUUGACGCUGACGCGCAGUCCGACGACGACGAGGAGGGCUCCGAGGACGCGGACAAGGAGAGCGACGCCAUGGACGCCAAGACGCAGCACGCGGAGGUCGCGGAGGCCGAGAAGCGAGCGGCAGUGGCACAUGCCGAGGCGGUUUGAGCAGCGGCGUAGGCCGAGGCGCGGGUGGCACUCGCACAUUUCUCGGCACAGGCGGGAGCCGCGCGGGCGACGGAAUUUGCGCAGGGGAACGCCAUGGAUGGAGGCACCUCCGAAGAACUGCUUCGCCGGCAGCGCUCCCAGCCUACCACUAUAGGGCGACGCGGACUCUCAAGGCUCAGCUGCAGGACUCACAGAACGCGGUGCAGGCGGUUUUUACUCAGCUGAAGGAGGCACAAGGCGCCCUGACGCAGGCUGAAGGGGAAGGCGACCGCAUGCGUCACGAGCUCGCGGAAUUACAGGCGCGGCUCGAAGCGGCUCUGGCAUGUCCACCGAGUGGCCGGGUGCGGGAUCUUGACGAUCCGACCGUGGACAUAUCGCUCAUCACCACCGACCCGCUCACUAAGGAGCUCAAGCUCCCCUCCUGCCUGCUCGUCGACGACGAGUACAAUGAAGUGGUGGACAAUUGCUUCUCCUGGCACAUCAUCCGCGGAAAUGGCAAGGAUAUUGAGUUCUACCCCACGUGCGUAGAAUUUCAACCUCACUUCGCCAGACACCUGAUCAAUAUUUGAGUGAUACCGUGUCAAAUUAUAUAUAUAUAUAUAUAUAUAUAUAUAUAUUUGUUUAGGCUUGGUAGAUGUGCUACAUUACUGGAUCCUACUGUAGUGGAGACAACCCCCCCUUCUUGUAUCUAUUCCUCUUCUAGUCCAACCCCUCUUUCUCUCCCAUGUCGUGCUGCCACGGCGGCCUUUAUGCUCUGCCGUGGCAGCCCCGACGCGCUGCCGUGGCAUCGACGCCACGCCGUGGCGGCGUCGUCGUGCUGCCGUGGCGGCGUCAACGCGCCAGCGCACGGACGGCAGCGGCCAGCACCCGGUUUUAGCGCCGUCGAGCUCGCCCGCAUGCCAGUAAGCGCCGCGCCAGCCAUGGUGCCUCGCUGAAGAUUCGCCCCCCCCCUUCCCCUCCUCUGCCUUUCCCCUCCUCCAUCGCAAAAAGUGUCACGUUCGCAAAACGUUUACGCCAUUUUGGGCGAUGCACAAAGUUGGAGAUCAUCCGCAAAGUGUUCGCCAAGUAUUUGUUAAUCGUUUCGAUUCAUGUGAACGGUUUGCGAGUGUUGCGCGGUUGAGAUGUUUUGCGGAUGCAUUGUUGUGGAAAGGUUACAAAAUACUGCAUUGUUGUAUUUGCGUAACUUAAAGGCUCAUUAAAGUGU